AAGGCUUAAAUCACCUAUUGCAGACCGGAACUUAUAUGUAUAUCGAUGGUUCUACUUACGCUCUCAGAAUUACUUUGUGUUCAUCAAAUAUUAGUAAAAACAAAUGAUGAUCACGAGUGUUACGAUCGUUAAAAGUGAAACGCAGCCAGAAUCAAAGGUAUGGAUAUAAUGUCCAGAUUCCAUGCUGGUAUAGUCGUAUGAGAUCGAAACAUUUAUAAAAAAUCUGUAUUUACAAGUAGUUAUAUAUUUUUGCUUACUGAUAUUCUUGUUUACUGAUUUUGAUUAACAAUGAAAGUAAAACAUAAUAAGACAAAGGAAGAAAAUCCUAGAUAUAUACCGUUAGAUAUAAGAAAAGUGAAAAUACGGAAAAUACAGAAAAAGACAAUAAAACCUGCUUGCAAAGAUACCACUAUGAACUUGGUGAAUGACACAUGUGCCAAAAAUAUAGAGAAUAUUUCUUCAUCGAGCAAUCCAGUUUUCAAAGAGAGCAUUUCCAAAGAAAAAAUAGCUAUACAACAAGUUAAUCUCAAGCAUAAAAAAGAAUAUUCUGAUAAAGAAAUUGAUAGUGAAACAUUUUAUCUUAAAAAAAUAAAUGAUUCCAUUAAAUGUACUCUUGACCAACAAAUGGAAACACAAAUAGGUGAUAGUUGGAAAUUGAUUCCUGAAGAAGAGAUACAAGAUGAUGAUUGGCGUCAGGUAAUUGUCAAAGAACAAAAACAUUUAGAUACACCAAUUGAAAUUUCAGAUAGUGACAGUUUGGUAAAUUUUCCACAAAUAGUUGAAGAUAAUCAAAAGACAGGAUUAGAUAAGAAUCACAAAACAACUUGUGAUGACAUUUUAACGUUAAAUAUUUCAAGUGAGGUGUCAUGUACAUCAUCAAAUGCAGUUAAAAAUGAUAAAAACAAAGAUGUUAGUGAUACAUCAAAAAACAUUGAUAAUGAAAGUAAUCCUGUUGAAAAUCUUACAUAUAGAGAAUUUGUCGAAGAUAAAAAUUCUGGCUCAAUAAAUUAUGAUAAUGAUUUAGAAGCAUGUAGUGGUUCUGAGCAAAGUCUUAACUUGCCUCGACGUUUACGUAAUAGAAAACCACCAAAAGUUUAUUGCAUUAAAAAAAUGGUUGUGAUCAUAAUGGAGAGAGGAAGUAGAUUUAAUUUUAUUGGCAAGCUGUUAAUAAAAGUGUUAUAUGGUUCUGUGAAAAUCUAUGGUUUCAUAAUGAACAAAUUGACCAAAGCUACGAAAGUAUAUUCUCCGCGAGGAUAUAGUAAUAUCGUUAUAGAGACUAACAAGGAAUUGUUGGAAGAUAGUAUUGAUGACGUGUGGAAGGCGCUUGCUGCAAAAGGCAUCAAUCGAGACUUUGAAAAUCAACUGCAGAUUGAUAUCGAUAACAUCCGACCGGGAAUGGCUGUCCUCAUAUUGCAGAAUUUCGAAAACACUCUGACACAUUUCUUGGAAACCUACUUUCCAUUCAAAUUAUUCCCAAAAAUGAAGAAUUCCUACUCUUACUCUUGGACAGAUCCUAAGCGAGCAGCGACAAUAUUACAAGCGAAUCUAUAUCUUAAUCAGUACGAUAAUUUUAACAAUAAAUUGAUUGUCGAUUCCUGUAUUACUCUAGAUGUUACAGAGAAGAUGUUGGAUUGUUGGUUCAAAAAUGAAUGGUGCUGUGCAUUGAUCGCCGGUGGUAAAAACGUUGGCAAGUCCACCACUGUGCGAUGUUUGAUUAACAGCCUAUUGCGUACGUCAAAGAAAGUAGUUUUGGUAGACAUAGACCCUGGACAAUCGGAGUGCACGCCAUCCAGCUGCAUUUCCUACAGCUUGAUCGAGGAGCCAUUAAUGGGACCCAAUUUUACACAUCUGAAAGUACCGGUCUACCAACUUUUUAUCGAUGAUGUAUCUGUCAGCCGUUGUGUCACACGCUAUUUGGAAGGCGUUAAGAUGUUGAUCGAGAAAUUAAAGGAAUGCCCUCUCUUAUCUCUCUUACCCAUUGUAGUUAACACAAUGGGUUUUACAAAGGGUCUCGGUUGGAACAUCGCAAUGUUCACGAUAAAAUUGAUCAGGCCAUCAAUUAUCGUACAAAUUGUGUCGUCAAAAAAGAAAAACAACUUCGAUGAUGUUUUAAGUGCCAAAGUUGUAAAUAAACAGGAAUGCUCGUGGACGUUCUGCGAUGAGAAAUUCAUUAAUUGGAACAAGCCGUGCGAACACGAUUUAUUUAUAAUGUAUUCUCAAGCGGAGACCGCCACACAAAAAAAGAAGUGGAAUAUGGAGCCAUAUCAGCAACGCGAACUUGUUAUGAUGUCUUAUCUUAGCGGUAUCGUUUACAACAAAACCGAUUCCGACCAGUACAAUUCGGAAAUAUCGCUUAAUAUCAGCGAAGUGAUACCGUAUAUGAUGCCUUUUUCUUCUUUAUGCAUUAUACCUCAACGAUUAUUCGGAGUACCUACAUCACACGCUCUAAGUGUCAUAAACGCUAAUAUCGUAGCACUGUGCGGUAUAGAUUUAACAGAGAAAGCUUCACGAGAAUAUACAGACAUUUCUAAUCUUCGAAUAUUAACGCAAAGAUCUCCUUUAUGUACAUGUUAUGGAUUCGGCAUAAUUCGAGGUAUCGACAUGGAACAGCAAGAAAUAUUCAUAAAUACACCAUUACCAAUAUCAAUCAUGCAGCAUGUUAAUUGCUUGGCGGGCUGUAUUCCUGUUCCGGAAUCAUUGAUACAAUUGUGUCAAGAUGUUCCUUAUGUCGGUGGAAAGGCAAAGCUACCAACGAGUCGUGAACCUCGCAAAGGAUACUUCCGAAUGAAAUAUAAAAAUAAACCGACUAAAUCAUAAUAAAUCAUAUGAAUAUACGAUAUCUUAUAUGUUUGAGCAUGACGCUUUAUAUAUACUUGUCAAUUUUUUAGAUUUAAAUGAAGUAAUUUUUUUUUUUAUUUUUAAUUUUUUUUAUGUCAUAUAUAAUAUCUUGUAUAAUAUACAUGAUAUGUAUAUAUGUGUAUCUCUGUAUACAUAAUUAUAUAAUUUUGGAUAAAACCACGCUUUAUGAAGAAAGCUAUUUAUGUGAAUUCAUAUUUUUAAAAAUUCACGUAAAUGUGAAUAUUUAAAAACGUGUUUUUAAAUGAAAUUAUAAUAUAUAUACAGAAUGAUAUUGACUGUGUCGAUAAAAGGAUGAAUUUAUGUAACAUCCAAAAGAAAGAGAAAUCACUAAAUAAUAAUUACUAAAAUCUAAACAAU